AUGGAAAAAUCAAACAGAGAUAAAUUCCAUUCGAAAACAAAUAAUUUUAAGGAACAAAAGAUGGAAAAGCUGUCAUCUUUUGAACCAGAAAAACAAAAAAGAAGUAACCGUUCUCUACAUAAAAAAAAACCUGAUUUGGAACGUGAUAAACAAAAAGCCGAAUUCGAACGUUCGGAGAAAGAAUUGAAAAAACUUUUGGUACAAUUUGGAUCAAAAGCUCGAGUAUCUGACGAUAUAGAUCGGGACACUUCGAAAGUUCGCGAUAAUAUUUUUAAAUUAAUGGAAAAAACAAAGGCAAAAUCACUUAACGUCAACGCAAAGUCGAUGCAAGAUGAUGCAAUCAAAUACAGGAAUUAUCAUUAUUUAGAACCUUAUGAAGCGAUUGUACACGGCACAUUUGGUGUAGAACCGUCUUUUUGGAGUUAUAUAACGGUUAUUUGUGAUACAGUGGUCGAUUUUCUUGGUGAAUUUAGACAAGGUAGUCGUAGUUUCGGUAGUCCAAGUUAUGAUGGUUUGGUACCAAUAUGA